AUGUGGGCAAGGUAUUCAAUGCCUUUGGCGCCAUAUCCGCCAUUAUUGUCUGCAACACCUCCGGCUUGCUACUGGAAAUACAGUCAACUUUUGAGAAGGCCAGCAGUAGAAAACAUGAGGAAAGCUUUGUAUGCACAGUACAGUGUGGGGCAAGCAGUUUACUAUGGAGUAACCAUAGUGGGGUACUGGGCCUAUGGUUCAACCGUAUGUGAGUACGUCCCCAAAGAACUGAGUGGACCCAGAUGGGUCAAGGUCCUGGUUAACUCAGCUGUCUUUGUACAAUCCAUAAUCUCCCAACAUAUGUUUGUUGCACCAAUUCAUGAGGCCCUUGAUACCAAGUUCCUAAACCUAAAGGAAAGCAUGCAUUCAAGGCAAAACAUCAAACGCCUAUUCUCCCUCCGAGCACUCUUCUUCUCGGCAAAUACACUGGUGACAGCAGCUUUCCCUUUCAUGGGAGACUUUGUAAAUUUGUUGGGAUCAUUUACACGUGUUCCUCUAACAUUCGUUUUCCCAAGUUUGAUCUUCCUUAAGGUAACACUCCAAACUAGUGCUGAGCUACGUAGCACUUGA